AGGGGCGGAGUCUGGUUUUGGCGCCAGCAGCUGUGGACGCUGAAGAACCUCCGCCGACAGGACCCAGGUCACGGUCCUCGCCCCGCUCCCCCUCCUUCCCGCCUUCCCUCUGGGGACCCUCGGGCGCCGUCCCCGCGCGCGGACGUAAUAGCUCUUCAAGUCUGCGAUAAAAAAUGGCCUCCAAUAAAACUACAUUGCAAAAGAUGGGAAAGAAACAAAAUGGAAAAAGUAAAAAAGUUGAGGAAGCAGAACCUGAAGAAUUUGUGGUAGAAAAAGUACUGGACCGCCGUGUGGUUAAUGGGAAAGUGGAGUAUUUUCUGAAGUGGAAGGGAUUUACAGAUGCUGACAAUACAUGGGAACCUGAAGAAAAUUUAGAUUGUCCAGAGUUAAUUGAAGCGUUUCUUAAUUCUCAAAAAGCUGGUAAAGAAAAAGAUGGUACAAAAAGAAAAUCUUUAUCUGACAGUGAAUCUGAUGAUAGCAAAUCAAAGAAAAAAAGAGAUGCUGCUGACAAACCUAGAGGCUUUGCUAGAGGUCUUGAUCCUGAACGAAUAAUUGGUGCCACGGAUAGUAGUGGAGAAUUGAUGUUUCUCAUGAAAUGGAAAGAUUCAGAUGAGGCUGACUUGGUGCUGGCAAAAGAGGCAAAUAUGAAAUGUCCUCAGAUUGUGAUUGCUUUCUAUGAAGAGAGACUAACUUGGCAUUCUUGUCCAGAAGAUGAAGCUCAAUAAUUUACAUCAUUUUUAUAUAUAUUUAUAUAUAUAUAUAUAAAAUAUGGGUCUUGGUUUUGAUUUAAUGGUGUGGAAAAAAACAGCAUUCUAAUGAAAAUCAAGUUUAAUAUGUUGGUUUUGAAAAUAGUAUUUGGGGGAGUUGUUGGGUUUUCUUUGUUUUGCAUCUGUAGCACUGGUUACUUUGAACAAAUAAAAGCUUUUGUAGUUGCUUCCUUUAUCAGACAAGAGCAUUUGAUAGCCUGAUAUAUUUCCUCUGCCUUUCUAAAUGUUGAGAGAAUUGUCCAUAGUCAAACUCAAUCAGAACUCAUGGUUUAGCUCACAUGAUUAAGGACCAUUCUGAGUUUUUUGUUUGUGUGUGUAUAAAUAAAAUACGUAUGUAAAUGGUUUUUGUUUUGUUUUUAAACAUUCAUCAAAACAAAAACUAUGGGUGAUAAGCUCAUCUUUGAGAUGCCAUCAUUCUGAGCAACCUAAGAAAUAAAUCAUUUCAGUUAAAUAGAAAGUUUUCCUGAAGGCAUAACCUUUCAAGUUGGAUAGAUAAUCCUGUGGUUAAUUUGGAUAUUUUCAAAGCAGCCCUAUCGGAAUCCAUAUCUGUGACUUUAGUCACAAAAAUGCAGUUUACUUGCAAAAUUCCUGAAAAGAAUUAUUAGCUCUACCAACAACUUCCCCACCCAAAUAAAGCAGCAAGUCAAAACCUAGUUUGUUUGAAUUAGCUAAGGAAGACUUGUUAAGGGAACAUUAAAGAUUCUUCAUGACCCAUUACUUUACAACAAGUUAAAAUCUGUACUCAAAAGUCAGGAUUCUUGGAUGUCUUAAGACUUGGCUCAUGGAAACCUACUGAGUGGCUAUAGCUGUUCACACUUUAGGACCUGCUAGAAUAAAUGAGUGAACAAACUUGUAAUCUAAAUUAUUGACCUGCAUGUUUUUCUUGACCCCGACUUACUCCUUACAUGUAGGCUCAAUCUUUUCAGUAUUCAGGUUACUGUUUUCAGCAAAAGCCAAGAAAUCAACUUUGUAGUAGUCAGAAUGUUAUCCUAAUGUAUAUUGUUUACUUUAUUGUAAAUAAUGGUGAGCAGUGGUCAAUAAAUAGUUUUAUAUUCCUUUA